ACCCCCGCAGCCCGGCUUGAAGCUGCCCAGCGCCUCGGCUUUCAGAACAAGCACGAACAAUUAAUUUUUGUCUUUCUGGAGAAGUAAGAAAUAACUCAAAAAAAUGAGUCCGAUGAUAUUUUUUUUAAUCUUUAUUAUUGAAUCUGCCACUGAGAAGCUGUGUCCCCUUCGCCCCAUCAUUGAUGUACUGGAAGGGGAAUAUUUUUUCCUUUGUUAUCCUGAGUCAAUGCAAGAACACACUCAGGAUAAAGCAAACAAAAUAAACUGGUAUAAAGAAAAUGCUGGAAAGCAGCACCUGAUAAAGGAAACACACAGAAUUGUUUCUAAAAUGAAUUUUCUGGAAUUUUGGCCAGCUGAGCUCAGUGACUCUGGAAAUUACUCUGUUGCUUACAGCAAUGGAAAACAAAACUUCACAGUUCCAAAGUGGACCUUGAAUGUACUUGAAAGAGAUAAAAGCAGCUGUUUCAACAAAAAUCAUUUAACUACAGAAAUAAAAAAUGCUGGAACUGGUCAUUCGUUGAAAUGCAGUGAUCUGUCUGUCAAUCAAAAUGACAGCAUAAGAUGGUACAAGGACUGUAAAAUCUAUGAAAAUGAAACAGAGCGAGAACUGGAUUUUAAAACCUUAGUAGUAGAGCACUCUGGGAUAUAUACCUGUAAAAUUUUAAUCAGUCACGAAGGAAAGAUGUACCACAGCACAAAUACAAUUAAGCUGGUAGUAGAAGAAGAUGCACCAGAGGCUGUAGCUUUGGAGAUAGUUGGGCUUGAUGAAGAAAUUGCAACAGAAAUAGGUAAAGAAGAGGUACUCAAUUGCACAGCUUUCUUGGGUUACUACACGCGAGAAGAUGCCAGCCUCUACUGGUUAAUUAAUCAAACAUUUCCAGAAAAAUGCACAGGUAUCCCUGAGAAUGAACCUUCAAUAUGUGAAGAAGAAUUAAAAACAUUACAGCUGGGAAACAAAUUCUAUGUCACAAGGCUACUGCAGAUUAAAAAAGUAACAAAUGAGGAUAUGCAUCAUAAUUUCACCUGCGUGUUGCAAGCUGAUGAAAGAACACAAAUAAAAAUUGUGAAACUGAAGAAAGGGAACACCCAAGAUCUGCCUGUGCACAUAUUUACAACUGGAAUGGUCCUUGCUGUACUAUUCCCAUGUGUUUCUGUAGCUGUGGUGUUUGUCUGUGUGAUGUUUAGAGUUGACUUAGUCCUGUUUUACAGGAGCCUAUGCAGAAGAGAUGACACUGCUGGAGAUGGAAAAGAGUAUGAUGCAUUUGUGUCUUACCUGAAAGACUGUGUUUCUCCUUCUGAAGAAGAGAGAGAAUUUGCUUUGAAUAUAUUACCCAUGGUAUUAGAAGAAAACUUUGGGUACAAGUUAUGUAUAUUUGAGAGGGAUGUAUGCCCUGGAGGAGCGGUUGUUGAUGAUAUCCAUUCUUUCAUUGACAAAAGCCGAAGAUUAAUCAUUAUACUGAGCCAGAACUACAUUUCUGACAGAGCCAUGUAUGAACUUAAAAGUGGACUGCAUAAAGCCCUUGUUGAAAAAAAAACUAAGAUCAUAUUAAUUGAAUAUAUGCCUGUAAGUGACUACAAUUUCUUGCCAGAAUCACUGUCUCUUUUACCAUCAAAGAGGGUUGUGAAGUGGAAAAAGGAUAAAUCUCUUCCUGUGAAUUCCAGAUUUUGGAAGAACCUUCGGUACUUGAUGCCAGCAAAACCUAGCAAAAUAAACACCAAAGGGCACUACAAUACUCUUGACUUAGGCUCAGAAGGGGCUCAACCAUGGACUGAGGUUCAUGACUUCAGUGCAGUCAUAUAA